GAGGGCGGGUUGUUGGGCGGAAGAGAGAGACUUCUUCCGGCCUCACUCGCUGUCACCAUAGAGAUUGCCCAUCCAGGCAGCGAAGCGGCAGGGCCAGGCAGCUCAGAUCUCGAACUCCAGAGAACUGUACAGUCAUCUAGACAUCAAUGCCUUUUCCGGGGCCUGAUGAACAUCUCAAUCCCCAACCCACUGGCUCGAGUGGGGCGCAAGAUGUGGUGGACAAGUCAGCUCAGGCCUGGUCAUUAAGUGUCCCCAACAACCCUCCUGGAGGGAACUGAGGACGAAGCACCAGUUGUAAUAACGGCACGCUUCAUUUAUCUUUAUCUCGACUUGUUUUAUUUGGUAUUCUUCCAUUAGCCUUGCAAAACAGACAAAGGCAAGGAUCAUUCUACCCACGGGACAGACUGGGGAAGAGGCCCAGGGUCCAUCAAGUAAACCCUCUGCCGCCAGGCUGCUGAAACUGGAGCUGGCCCACGCUAUUGGCAGACUGCUGUUACCUAACUGUCAACUAAAGCUUGCCAUGACUUUGCUUUGAGGCUAUGGCCUGUUAGACCAAAAGAUGCAUCAAUCAGGACAACCAAAGGAAGUAGGACAGAGGCUGCGUGCUCCACCACUGAAUCAAGAAGGGGAAACAAACAAUAAUCAAUACCAAAUUGGAGAGCUGCACCGUUUGAACCCUUGACCUUAAACAAAAUUUUAAGAAAUAUCAUGAAGCAACCUAUUCAAUCUUAGAGCACUGAAUCUCUGAUUUAAGGAAUUCUCCUGAAUCACAGCUUUAUGAACCAAAAAGAAGAAGAUGCUUGAAUUUCAUCAACUGCACGUCUCAAAUUUAUUCAACUUUCGAGGCUUCAUUUACAAUCACAUAAAGUAACCAAUGAUUUGUUGUGCGUUUAGCAACUUAACAUUACUUGGCCCAGUGAGAAGCUCUGUGGCUAAGAAAUCCUUUAUUUUGAUGAAUUCAUUUCACUGGAACUGAGUGUUGACUGCAGCUAUGUUCUGUUAGGAACUGCGAAGAUAUACAAGAAAUGAGAUGUGACUCCCAUUUUAAUAGCCUGUGGUUUUGUAAUGUUAGGUCAGCAACACGUGAAACAACUAGGAAACACUUUAAAGCAAGAUAUAACAAUGGGCCAACCCUAUUGUACAAUUAAUUUCUCCAAAAUAUAAUAAUACUUCAUAUUUGCAGAACAUUUUGUAGUUUCCAGAGUACUUCUUCCCUUGUAUUAUUUGGGGGAUAUUUUGUCAUGGCUGGAAUUAAUGUGUGUGUCUUUAUCAUAGAGCUAGAACUAAUGCUGGGUCCUAGCAUAUGAGUAGGAACAGGAAAGGUGGAACAGAAUCCAGGGAGAGAAAGUAGUUUGAGCAAAGAGGCCAAGGCAAGAAUGAGCACUGAGCAUCUGGAGAAUAAUAUGGAGACAAAUGAUGGAAAGUAAUGUGUAGACAAGCUGGUCAGAACUGGCUCUGAGACCUUAAUAUUUUGGAGGAAAGUGGUCAAAAGUUCAAAGUUUGAGACUGGAAAAGUUAACUUCCUUACACAUCUAAUGAUCAUACUGGCUUCAGUUAAGCUAUAAAUUAAAAAUGGGCAUGGCUCAACAGAACUUGAGUCCUGUCCUCUCGCUUUUCUCCUUAGGCAGCAUGAGCUUCACCAUUUGCUUUACCACCUCCACCAACUACCAGUCCCUGCAUUCCAUCCAGCCACACAGCCACAGCGUCCAGUUCAUCAGCAGCACAGCCAAAGUCUAUGCAGGCCUCAGGGGCUUGGGCUCCCGGACCUCAGUGUCCUUCUCCACCAGCUUCUGGGGUGGCUGGGGGUCUGGAGGCCUGGCUGCAGGGAUGCCAGGGGUCUGGAAGGAAUGGGGUACAUCCAGAAUGAGAAGGAUACCAUGCAAGGCCUGAAUGAUUGCCUGGAUUUCCUACCUGGACAGAGUGAGGACUCUGGUGACCAAGAGUCAGAGGCUGGUGAGCAAAAUCUGAGAGCACUUGGAGAAGAAGAGACCCCAGGUCAGAGCCUGGGGGCAUUACUUCAUGACCAUCAAGGACUUGAGGGCUCAUAUCUUUGCAAAUUCUGUGGACAAUGCUUGUGUUGUUCUACAGAUUGACAAUGCCCGUCUUGCUGCUGAUGACUUUAGAGUCAAGGAUAAGACGGAGCUGGUCAUGUGCCUGUCUGUGGAGAGCAACGUCCGUGGGCUCCACAAGGUCACUGAUGACACCAAUGUCACUCGGCUACAGCUGGAGACAGAGAUAGAGGCUCUCAAGGAGGAGCUGCUCUUCAUGAAGAAGAACCAAGAGAAGGAAGUAAAAGGUCUACAAGCCCUGAUUGCCAGCUCUGAGUUGACCAUGGAGGUAAAUGCCCCCAAAUCUCAGGACCUCAGCAACAUCAUGGCAGACCUCCUGGCCCAGUAUGAUGAGCUGGCUCAGAAGAACUGAGAAGAGCUGGACAAGUACUGGUCCCAGAAGACUGAGGAACACACCACAGUGGUCACCACGCAGUCCACCAAAAUAGGAGCUGCUGAGACAACAUUCAUGGAGCUGAGAUGUAUAGUUCAGUCCUAAGAGAUCAACCUAGACUCAAUGAGAAAUCUGAAGGCCAGCCUGGAGAACAGCCUGAGGUGGGUGGAGGCCCGCUAUGCCAUGCAAAUGGAGCAGCUCAGUGGGUCCGUGCUGCACCUAGAUUCAGAGCUGGCACAGGCCCAGGCAGAGGGGCAGCGCCAGGCCCAGAAGUAUGAGGCCCUGCUGAACAUCAAGGUCAAGCAGGAGGCUGAGAUUGCCGCUACUACUACUACUGCCGCCUGCUGGAAGAUGGGGAGGACUUCAAUUGUGGUGAUGCCCUGGACAACAGCAACUCUAUGCAAACCAUCCAAAAGACUGUCCAGGAUAGCGGACGACAAAGUGGUGUCUGAGAUCAACAACACCAAAGUUCUGAGGCGCUGAGCCAGCAGAAGCAGGGUACCCUUUGGGGAGCAGGAAGCCAAUAAAAAGUUCAGAAGUCAUUGGAUGUCAAAAAUUAAUUGGUCCUGUUUGGGGUCAGAAGUGUUCCAAGAAGCCCAGCAUGACAGCCAGAUGAGAAACUGACAUGGCAGAUGACACCUCUUCUCCAGGUUGCUGGAACAAACUGAAGGCAAGCACCAGAAGAGGCAGUCCCAGAAGAGGCUUUGAAAGGUAAGGAGGGAGCUUAUGGAUGAACAAGCAAAGCAUUUCCACAAGGAACACACGCAGUGAUGCUGAGGAAUGAUGCAGCCAACCAGGUGGCAGGGAAAAGCUCACGACUUCUUGGAACCUGCAGAGCCCAAGUUGGCAUUUUUUCCAGCAGAAUCAGAAGCAUCAAUGAGAGCUGGAUGCCGUGACUAAUGGCAGCUGGCAGAUUGGCAAAAGAGCGGCAUGCCCAGAAUAGGGCCAGGCCUCUCUAGCUGGGUCCCACAAUGAAGAGAAGACAUGGAAUGCCAGUGCCACAGCCGACGUGUAACAUAAUGAGAGAUAAACCUUUGCAUGGUGAAGUCUGGAGCAGGACUUCUGAGGCUUUCUAUCCUCCAUGCUGCUCACUAGAAAAGGGGCUGUGAACUGUGCUUUGGCUCUAGCAGACAGGAAGAAAUUCUGGCCCAGCUGGAAGUAGAAAGAGGGGAGUGAGUCUCCUGAGGACCAUCUCAGAGGCCCCGGGAUCACCCAAACAUAUGCCAUGAUAAGGGCUGGAUCUGUUAUGGUGAGAUUGGGCCCCAACUCCAAAGGACCUUGCCCAGGAUUUUGUCCUCCAUGUGAAUCAAUCCCAUGAUGCAACAUGCCUCCCCAGCCCCCGCUCUGACGAUGAUGGCCACGCAGAAUGUCCCGCCCCCACCCUACCAGGACAGCCCACAGAUGACGGCAACCGCCCAGCCACCCUCCAAGGCCCAGGCUGUCCACAUCUCUGCCCCCUCAGCUGCUGCCAGCACACCUGUGCCCAGUGCCCCCAUCGACCCCCAGGCCCAGCUGGAGGCUGACAAGCGAGCUGUAUACAGGCACCCUCUUUUCCCGCUCCUGACGCUGCUGUUUGAGAAAUGUGAACAGGCCACCCAGGGCUCUGAGUGCAUCACCUCCGCCAGCUUUGAUGUGGACAUCGAGAACUUUGUCCACCAGCAGGAACAGGAGCACAAACCCUUCUUCAGCGAUGACCCAGAACUGGACAAUCUGAUGGUGAAGGCAAUCCAGGUCCUGAGAAUCCACCUUCUGGAGCUGGAGAAAGUCAAUGAACUCUGCAAGGACUUUUGUAACCGUUACAUCACCUGCCUCAAAACCAAGAUGCACAGCGACAACCUGCUCAGGAAUGAUCUAGGGGGGCCCUACUCCCCCAACCAGCCCUCCAUCAACCUUCACUCACAGGACCUCCUGCAGAAUUCCCCCAAUUCCAUGUCUGGAGUCUCCAAUAACCCCCAGGGGAUUGUGGUCCCAGCCUCAGCGCUCCAGCAGGGCAACAUCGCCAUGACAACCGUCAACUCACAAGUUGUGUCAGGUGGAGCCUUAUACCAACCGGUUACCAUGGUAACCUCCCAGGGUCAGGUGGUCACCCAAGCAAUCCCCCAGGGAGCCAUCCAGAUCCAGAACACACAGGUUAACCUUGACCUCACCUCCCUCCUGGACAAUGAGGAUAAGAAGUCCAAGAACAAACGAGGAGUCUUGCCCAAGCAUGCCACCAAUAUAAUGCGUUCUUGGCUCUUCCAGCAUCUCAUGCACCCCUACCCCACGGAGGACGAGAAGAGGCAGAUCGCAGCUCAGACCAACCUCACCCUCCUGCAAGUAAAUAACUGGUUCAUCAAUGCCCGGAGGCGCAUCCUGCAGCCCAUGCUUGAUGCCAGCAACCCAGAUCCUGCCCCCAAAGCCAAGAAGAUCAAGUCUCAGCACCGGCCCACUCAAAGAUUCUGGCCCAACUCCAUCGCUGCAGGGGUGCUGCAGCAGCAGGGCGGUGCCCCAGGGACAAACCCCGAUGGUUCCAUCAACUUGGACAACCUGCAGUCCCUGUCCUCAGACAGUGCCACCAUGGCCAUGCAGCAGGCUAUGAUGGCUGCACACGAUGACUCAUUGGAUGGGACAGAAGAAGAGGAUGAGGAUGAGAUGGAAGAGGAGGAGGAGGAGGAGCUGGAGGAGGAGGUCGACGAGCUGCAGACGACAAAUGUCAGCGACCUGGGCUUGGAACACAGUGACUCUCUGGAGUAGUCGGGCAGCCCAGAUGGCACUGAUCACUGAGCAGGAGAGGAGUGUCGCCGGGAGGCCUUCAGGGUGGGGGGGAAGGGGACACGGGCAGGAAGCACCGAGGGAGUUGGGCCCUAGCUUCCCCAAAUCAGUAGCUUGAAGAAAGGCAAAGGAGACACCUGUUCCUUCCCAACCACCGAGCUUCAGUGAGGACCCCAGCCCCACUUCCCUGGAACUGCCGAGGACUCUGUUUGGCGGGGCCAGUGGAGCAGCCUGUAUGAAAAGACAGGAGUGAGAUCUGGACUCACCAAAUCCCUGAGGACAGAUGGCACCCAUGGCCCCCACCCACGGAAGGACCUGAGUUGUUUACAAGCCCUGCACUGAGGCAGAUUGGUGCUGUUCGCAGAGUAGGCCUUUGUCCGGGGGCAGACUUAGAAGGAAGGGGAGAGACAAAGGGGGACUGAGUUUCAUCCCCAGAAGGUUCUCAGCUCCUUUGACAGACAUUCAAGGGCAGGAGGGAGCCCCAAAGCAUAACCAGUGGCCAGAGGAGUGGGAGGGCCUGAGGCAUCACAUCUUGCAGAUCAGAAUGGGAUGGAAUCCACCGGGCUCCAGCUCAUCCCUCCAAGGCCCUGUCUCUGCACACAGCAACCAUGGACAUGGGAGAAAGGGAUGGGAGCCACAGUGCCCUUCACUCUCUCCUGGAAACCAAUUGUAAGCUGGUGGGCUCAACCUGUGGGAGGUUAAGAGGAGUCCCUUCUGGGUUGACUCCAGGAGCCAAGGAGAUGGCAGACCCUGGGCUAGGAAUCAUAUCGAGGUGACUUUGAGGCCACAGCUGUCCCUAGGUGAUCACAGAACUUAGCUCCUUUAACAACAGGACAAUGGUGUUUUACCCUAGAUGUUCCCACCCUCAGUGCUCCACACCCUCCAUAGACCUUCAGAGAAGGUGAAACCAGGUUAUCUGGGAAUCUUUCCACCCCGCAGGUCGCCACGGCCAUCCCUUUGCUCCCAGCCUGGCUCCAUCAGCCUCCAGCUUCCUUUCUUCAUUCUGUCCUUCAGGGAAGGCAGAAGAAACAUUGGAAAGCAUCUAGUCCAGUGGGAAGCCAGGGGUUGGAGAAGGUGCUACAUCCCUCUUCCUAUCAAUAUCCUAAAUGUGGGGGAGGGCCCAGAGAAUGGCACCCAAGAGCCUGCGGGGAUGCCCAUCCCACACACCCCACCCACCCUGCUGUUCUAACCCUGCUAUCCACAGCCCUGGAGGAACUGGGGCUCCUGGAAGGAAGAGGAGGCUCUCCACUGUCCACCCUAACACAUACCCUCCCACCCACCUUCCAGACCCCCUUGGUUGGCACCCUCUCCUCCAGUUCCCUCUCACCCCAUGGCUGUGAAUGACAGGUCACACGUGUGUUUUCCAUUGGGUUUAAUUUAAUGGACGUGCAGUUUCAUUUGUAAAUUGUGCAUUAGCCAUCUCCUUCAGUGGCAGGAUGUGAGUGGCUACCUGGCUCAACUGGAGGGGACCCUCGGGGCCCUCUGGGGCUUCCCCUCCCCCACCUGGUUGGGGUAGAGCAAAAGGAUGGUCACUCUUCUGAGGUCUCCCUGAAAUGAAUGUAUUUCUCCCCCAAAAGAGCUGAUAUUUAAUGUUUUAAUAAGGAUUUUUGAGAAACAAAUAACCUUAUUUAUAAUCUGGGUGAUCCAAUCAUUUUUUACUCCCUUUUGAUGCCAUACAUAGAGGAAAGUCUAGCUUUUUUGGCGUGAGACUUUUGCAAUGUGCAGUGGGAUAAAAUGCAUUUCCUUUUCUGGUUCAUUUUUCUUGUUAACACGCGCGCACAGACACACACACACACCGUUCCACUCACCACCUGGACAGGCGUCCCCCAGCACGGACACGCUGGCACACAGGUGCCCACAUCUCUUCCUCUCAGCCCCUCCACCUGCCUAAUGUUAUGCAACCUCCUUCUGAUGUAUCCACCAAACCAGUACUGAAUGUGGCCGAGACGUUUUCAGUAAAUCUUAUUACCUACCGUAA